UAAUAAUAAUAAUAAUAAUAAUAAUAAUAAUAAUAAUAAUAAUAAUAAUAAUAAUAAUAAUAAUAACAUACAUAUUAACAUACUAGAAAGGAAGAAAAAGGGACAAAUCAGAAAGGAAGGUAAAUAUAAAAGGCUCGAGGAAAAAUAUAAGAUAAGAACAAAGGGGUUACCAACAAUGACUGAGGAGCUUAAGCAGAGGAUACUAGCGAAAAUAGAGAAGGUAAAGAUGUAUGAACAGAAUAUAGACAGAAUAGAAUGUUUCAGAGUGACCAAAAAAGGUUUUAUGUGGAAAUAAACAAUGGUCAGGAAAGUAAAGUUGAUAAAGUGAUACCAGAUGCGGAUGAAAGUAUAAAGUUCUGGAGCGAAAUAUGGGACAAUGGAAUUGAACAUAAUAAGGAUUCUGAAUGGCUACAUGAAGUGAAAAAGGGAAUCGAAUAUUUGAAACAAAACGAUUUGAAGAUAAAUAAGGAAGAUAUUACAAAGCAGUGUAAGAAGAUCCCCAAUUGAAAAGCGCCAGGCCUAGAUGGAGUACAGGGUUAUUGGAUAAAGAAAAUUACUUCUUGUUAUCAAAGGAUUGCAGAACAGUUAGAUGAGAUUUUAAAUGGUAAGGCUGAACUACCUCAAUGUAUCUCACAUAUGGUAGGACAGUGUUGUGCUUAAAAGACCCAUCAUGGGGUAAUGCAUUUGAUAACUUUCGACCCAUAUCUUGCUUACCAUUGAUGUGGAAAUUGACGACAGGGGUGAUUGCCGAAAGUAUGUACACUUUUCUGGAGAUGAAUGAUGUACUACCGAAUGAACAAAAAGGAUGUAGAAGAACGACUAGUGGAACAAAAGACCAAUUGUUAAUUGAUAAGUUAGUUUAAGAGAUUGUAAAAGAAGACAUACAAAUUUGUCGAUGGCCUGGAUAGACUAUCGCGAAGCAUAUGAUAUGGUACCUCAUUCCUGGAUAGUGGAAUGUAUGAGUAUGUUCAAAAUCGCAGCAAAUGUGAGAAUGGUUGUGGAAAGUAGUAUGGAGAACUGGAAAACAGAGUUAACAUCUUCGGGAGAAAGCCUAGGUAUUUUUCAAGGUGAUAGUUUAUCUCCUUUGAUAUUUGUGAUGUGCAUGACGCCGUUAAGCUUCAUACUGAGAAAGGAAAAGUUAGGGUAUGAAUUUCGCGGAAAAGAACUCAAGAUCAACCAUCUUCUAUUCGUGGAUGAUCGGAAGUUGUUUGGAAAGAACAAGGAGCAAAUAGAAUCACUGGUGAAAACUGUCCACAUUGUUAGCAGACAUUGGAAUGGAAUUUGGGAUAAAGAAAUGUGGAAUUCUUGUAAUGAAAAGAGGAAAGAUUGUGGAAUGUAAUGCAAUACAGCUACCUGAUGAGGAAACAAUAAAGUCCGUAGAAGAAGAUGGAUAUAAAUAUCUUGGUAUACUGGAAUUAAAUAAAAUUAUGGAGGAUGAAAUGAAGAGAAAGUUUAUAAAGGAAUACGGGAGGAGGUUAAGACUGGUGCUGAAAUCAAAACUUAAUGGCAGAAACGAAAUCAUGGCGAUGAACACUUGGGCUGUUGCGCUGCUGAGGUACGGAGCUGGUGUUUUGAAAUGGACAAAAGAUGAAGUUGCUGCAAUGGAUCGCAAAACACGUAAACUGAUGACAAUGUAUGGUGCUCUUCACCCAAGAAGCGACAUUCAUCGAUUAUAUUUACCGAGGGGAAAGGGCGGAAGAGGUUUGAUUAGUUGUGAAGGAUGCAUUCGUACAGAGGAGAACAUUUUGGGAUGGUAUGUAAAGAACAGUGUGGAACCACUUUUACAACAAGUUGCAAAGACAGGUGUGAUUGAAACGGAAAGAUGCGAAACAAAAGAAAAAUUUAAGAAGAAAGCAGUAGGAGCUAGAGAAAGCCUGGAUUGACAAGAAAAUGUAUGGACAAUAUAACUAAGAUUUGGGUAAAGAAGUGGAUAGGGUACGAGAAGACAUGGCGCUGGCUGAAGAAAGGAGACUUGAAACCUGAGACUGAAGCACUUCUAUGUGCUGCACAAGAACAAGCUCUACGGACAAAUUAUGUAAAGUUUCACAUAGAAAGAACUGUUGAGUCUCCACUCUGUAGACUUUGUGGGGAAAAGGGAGAGCAUAUAACACACUUGACAAGUGAAUGCAAGAAGCUAGCACAAAAAGAAUACAAACGAAGACAUGACAAUGUGGCUCGCAUUGUAAACUGGAAGCUAUGUGGUUUGUACCAACUAGGGAAAGCUGAAAAUGGUAUGAAUAAUUGAGUAAUUGAAUCAGAUAAUGUAAAGAUUCUCUGGGAUUUUAACAUACAGUGCGAUCAUGUGAUUGAAUGUCGAAAACCUGAUAUUGUAGUGGUUUUAAAGAAGGAAAAGGAGUGCAAGAUCAUAGACCUCGCAGUUACAGGGGACUGUAGAAUUGGUAUAAAAGAAACAGAGAAGGUAGAAAAGUAUGAGGAGUUGAAAAGGAAAAUUCGGAAAAUAUGGGCAAUGAAAAAAGUAGAAGUCAUCCCAAUAGUAGUAGAUGCCUUAGGAGCAGUUAGUAAUAAACUGGAUAAGUGGAUUGAGAAAUUGGGAAUACAUAUAAGAAUAGAACUUACUAGACUGAUAGAGGAAACUAAAAUUAAUUACUACAAUACCAAAUUUGCAAACUCUAAAAAUAGUGCUGACAGCUGGAAAACAAUUAACGAAUUAUUAAACAAAAAGUCCAAAACAACGACUCUCAAUGCGAUUUCUGUGAAUAAUGAGGUUGUUACAGGAGAUAAAAACAUUGCUAAUGAAUUCAACAAAUAUUUUGCUACCAUUGGACUAAACUUAGCUGAAAACAUCUGUACAACUGACGUUGACCCGUUGACAGUAGGGACAGCUGAUUUUAACUUCAAAAGUAUUGAAAAAGCAAAUGUGAAAAGCGUAUUAAAGAAAUCGAAAGCUACCAAAGCAACAGGCACUGAUAAUAUUUCAAUUAAGCUUCUAAAAUUAGCAGGUGACUCUAUCACAGAUCCAUUAACAUUCAUUUUUAAUUUGUCUUUAUUUACUGGUAUUUUCCCUGAUGACAUGAAAUUUGCAAAAGUUACGCCAAUCUUUAAAUCCGGAAGUAAACUAGAUUGCGGAAAUUACAGACCAAUCUCAGUUCUUUCGGCAGUUCCCAAGAUAUUCGAAAAGAUUGUUUAUGAACAACUCACGAAAUUCCUAGACGACAAUAACAUUAUUCCAAAACACCAGUCUGGCUUUCGGCCACUGCAUUCAACCGAAACGACACUGCUUCAGUCAACUGACAAAUGGCUUUUUAAUAUGGAUAAGGGCUUAAUUAAUGGAGUUUUGUUUCUGGAUUUAAAAAAGGCCUUCGACACAGUCGACCAUAAAAUUCUUCUUUUAAAACUUAAACGCUAUGGAGUAGGUGGGAUUGCAUUCCAAUGGUUUCAAUCCUAUCUUCAACAGCGACAACAAAUCUGUAAAAUUGC